UUUGACAGUUACCAUUUCCUGCGCUCUCUUUUCGUUUGAGACUGAAUCAACGAGAACAUCGAAAAUGGUUAACGUUCCGAAGCAGCGCCGCACCUACUGCAAAAAGUGCAAGGUCCACCGCGUCCACAAGGUGACGCAGUACAAGAAAUCGAAGGAACGACAGGCUUCGCAAGGUCGUCGCCGUUACGAUCGUAAACAGAAAGGUUUCGGUGGUCAAACCAAACCCAUCUUCAGAAAGAAGGCCAAGACCACCAAGAAAAUUGUCCUGCGUAUGGAAUGCGUCGACUGCAAAUACCGCAAGCAAACCCCGCUGAAGCGAUGCAAGCACUUCGAGUUGGGUGGUGAUAAGAAGCGUAAGGGACAGAUGAUUCAGUUCUAAACCAACUUUGGGACAUUUCCAAAUGAAAGAAAACUUAUUCUUUACUGUUUAAUUUCCACUGAAGAAACGCACUCAAUAUAAGCGGAGUUUCGGAAGUA